CCACUAGAACUUGCCGACUGCUCAAUAUGCCACCGUAACAGUCUGAUGGGACCUAAAUUUCCAGUCGUGCCACGUGGCAGACGUUGCCUGAGAUUCAGAAUCUAGGCCCUUCCUUUCAAGGUCCUUGCGUAGAUGCUCAGUUUUCUAAAUUCGAAAGCAGAUUCUCCCAGCUCUCCGGAUUUCACUCUCUCAUUCUAGAUCGAUCUCAGGGUUUCAACUCCCGUCUCCUUCUCUGCCUCGUCCUGUGCUGUAACUGUAUCAUCUGUGUUAUCUCUGGCUUUUCCUGCCUUUGGGAUUUGGACCUUUAUUUCAGAGAACUUAGGGUACACUAGAAUUCGUGGGUUUAUUUUAUCCAGUGUGAUAUGAAUGGGUUCUGGUAGUGAGCUCAAGUGAAAUGGGUUUCAAGGUUCAAGCUCAUGAUACUUUAUUUAUGUAUGCUUCGGUGAUAGAGGCCGCUUGGAGGACGAAUAGAAAUAUGGUUUUUGUUUGAUUUGCUGGUAUAUUUUAAUCAUGGCAGUUCUUAUGGAAUAAGGAGUAUAAUUUGAAGAAUGGAUGAUGAUAGAGAAAUUGGGAUGUUGCUUCCUGGUUGGAACAAUCCAACUGAAUCUCGCAUUUUUAUUUUAUCUUGCUUUAUUGCUGCUUUAGUAGGUAUUUUGACAAUAGCUUACACAGCUUUCCAAUGGAGAAGAAACAUUAACCUAAAUUGGAUGAAAGCUAUAGCCAGGUCAAAGAAAAACCCUAAGGCAAGGCACAAGGUUCCUGUAGCUCCACAUAAUUGGGUUCUCGAAUCUGUAUCUCGUGGGAAGAAUUUAAAUUGUUGCGUCUGCUUAAAGUCCAUGUCUCCUUCUCAAACUCUUGGACCUAUGGUGGCAUCAGAUAGUUUUAUUCACCAUUGUAGCAUUUGUGGUGCAGUGGCACACCUAAGUUGCUCUUCAGGUGCACAGAAGGAUUGCAAGUGUGUAUCUAUGGUUGGAUUUAAGAAUGUGAUGCACCAAUGGGCUGUUCGAUGGACAGAGAUGAUCGAUCAACCUGAUGAGACUUCCUUUUGUAGUUAUUGUGAAGAGCCAUGUAGUGGGUCUUUUCUUAGUGGAUCCCCUAUAUGGUGUUGCAUGUGGUGUCAACGGCUUGUACAUGUUGAUUGUCAUAGUAGCAUGUCUAAUGAAACUGGCGGUAUUUGUGAUUUGGGUCCAUUUAGAAGGCUGAUUUUAUCACCACUGCAUGUUAAGGAAUUGAAUUCAUCAGGUGGAUUUCUGAGCUCUAUCACACAUGGAGCAAAUGAGAUUGCUUCUUCAGUACGUGCAAGUAUUAGGAGUCAGAGUAAGAAGUACAAGCAUAAUAAUGAAUCCUCUGUUGACACAGGUAAUAGUGGCAGCACUUGCUGUGACCCAUGUACGGAAGAUACAGCUGAUGCCCAUCCUAUAUUAAAUGGUCCUAUUGGGGUGGAGGAAAGCUGUAAUGGUAGCUUGAAUGUGGGGAGUCCUCGCCAUGGUGGCAGUGUAGGUAGGAUGGAUUCAAAACCUAGUUUUAAAAGAAGUGGAUCGCUUAAUCAGAAGGAUGAGUCUCAAAUAUUAGGAAUGAAACAAAGAUAUGAAAUAAUUGAUUUACCUCCUGAUGCAAGACCAUUGUUAGUCUUCAUCAACAAGAAGAGUGGGGCUCAGCGUGGAGAUUCCCUCAGGCAGCGUUUGAACUUCCUUUUGAAUCCUGUUCAGGUAUUUGAACUGAGCUCAACACAGGGUCCAGAAGUAGGCCUUUAUUUUUUCAGGAAGGUGCCUCACUUCAGAGUUCUCGUAUGUGGUGGAGAUGGUACAGUUGGUUGGGUUAUGAAUGCCAUAGACAAGCAAAAUUUUGUUUCUCCUCCACCUGUAGCUAUUCUUCCCGCCGGAACUGGAAAUGACUUGGCUAGAGUACUAUCCUGGGGAGGUGGUCUGGGCUCAUUUGAGAGACAAGGAGGCCUUUGCACAUUGUUUCACCAUAUAGAGCAUGCUGCAGUAACUAUUCUUGACCGGUGGAAGGUAGCUAUUGUAAAUCAAGGAAAACAACUUCAGUCUCUCAAAUUUAUGAACAACUAUCUUGGAGUUGGUUGUGAUGCAAAGGUUGCACUGGAUAUCCAUAAUCUGCGGGAGGAAAAUCCGGAGAAGUUUUAUAGCCAGUUUAUGAACAAAGUUCUCUAUGCAAGAGAAGGUGCUAAGAUUAUAAUGGAUAGGACAUUUGAAGACUUUCCUUGGCAGGUUAGAGUGGAGGUGGAUGGCGUUGAUAUAGAAGUCCCUGAGGAUGCUGAGGGGGUACUUGUUGCAAAUAUUGGAAGCUAUAUGGGUGGGGUCGACCUCUGGCAUAAUGAGGAUGAACACUACGAUAACUUUGAUCCACAAUCCAUGCAUGAUAAGGUACUAGAGGUUGUGAGCAUAUCUGGAACAUGGCACCUUGGAAAGCUUCAGGUGGGGCUUUCUCGUGCUCAAAGACUUGCACAGGGACAGUCGAUAAAGAUACAGCUUCUUGCUGCAUUGCCUGUGCAGAUUGAUGGAGAACCUUGGUUUCAGCAGCCAUGUACUUUGGCUGUAUCUCAUCAUGGACAGGCUUUCAUGUUAAAGAGGGCUGCUGAGGAACCUCUUGGUCAUGCAGCUGCCAUAAUUACUGAUGUACUGGAGAAUGCUGAAACGAACCAUGUGAUUGAUGCUUCACAGAAGCGAGCACUUCUCCAAGAAAUGGCACUUAGGCUGAGUUAGAGGUUAUCUCUGGUCGUCUUGUUAGAUAUUGUAGUUUUGUUCACUACCACCUCAUGAAAAUGUUUUUGGGUUUACCGUUGCUGGUUGUAUCAUGGCGUAUAUUUUAGUGUGUUUAACUUGGUGCUUUAGCCAAGGCAUGUUUGUAAAUUCAAUUUACAGGUUAUAGUUUUCCCCGUGUUGAAAAUUAGCAGAAAGGGGAAAUUUUGAUUGUCAAAGAAAAAAAAUAUAUAGAAAACAGGACAGGAAAAAAGUGAAUUAGCAUCCUUUGUUUUGUACCUUCCUUCAGAUUGAUUUAUAGGCUGGUUUUGAGAGUUAGUGCUA